AUGUCGCAUCGCCAAAAUCAGAGGUCGCCCCCCUACCAUGGCGGGGAUGACGUGCUUUCUCAACAUUCUCAACAUCACCAUUAUCAACAGCAACAACAACAACAACCACAACAGAAGAGACCAUCAGUGGGGACAAUAGAGAGCCAGGAACAAAUAUCAUCGGAAUCUAAAAAGAGAGCAAGAGGUCGGCCUCGGGUUGAACCGAAAGAUGACACUGCAGCUGAUCGUCGUCGGACUCAAAUUCGCCUUGCCCAAAGGGCGUAUCGCAAUCGCAAGGAGACUGCCAUCCAGACUCUGGAGAAAAAGGUCAACGUCCUUCAAGACACCAAUGAAGAGAUGAGCAAGGCAUUCAUGAAUUUAUAUGACACUGCCGUCUCUCAAGGCCUUCUAUCAGCCGCUCCCGAAUUUGGACGGCAGUUGCAAGCAACGACGGAGAAAUUCGUCGCCCUGGCGAGGAAGAUGAGCGAUGAUGCCUCUUCCAGGGAUGCCGACCAGGCUCCGGAGAACGAGUCCGACGGCGUGAACACUGGCAGCUCUAGCACUAGCGCGCAGAACGCGACGAGGUUUUCAAGCUCGCCAGAGAUUUCGUCGUGGCCCUCUCAGCCCCCCGGCGUGUUGUCUUCGGGGCCGAGUGCGGCCACAGCGGCGGCUGGCAGUAGCGAGGCGACAGGCGUGAAUUCGAACAGAAGGGGGUCGGCAGUGAGUGGUACCCACUCCACCCAUGAGGUGCGCAACGAGUCAAGUACUCCGCGAAGAGAACCAAAUCCUGCCGAUCCGGUCCCGUUUGGUUACCAGUUCCCGAACGUGGCCUCGCGCCCCUCGGAUGCUCAAACCAUCGUCGAGAGGGUAUCACGGCCGUUAUCCGGCAAUAAUACCAGCUACCCAUUCGGUACGUCUCUCGACGCUCGCAAUCCGGGAAGUCUCCUGGACCCUUCUGUUCCUUAUGCUGUCGCCGCCUCGCCUCUCCCGCCCUUUAUCGUACCCCCUGUACCUCAGUCGUAUUCCUAUCUGGAACGGACUUUUGGUCGGCGCAUGCAACGGGCAGCUCUCGAGCAAGCCCUAGUGUUGUUGAAUAUGCCUAACCCCCCUCCCCAUGUAUUCGGAGCCGUUCGGAACAACGGACAAACCCUCCACAACUGGAAGUUUCCAUUCUUCCAUCUUGGUGGCGCCGGGUCGUUCUUCAACCUCAUGAACCAUGCUACUGACUAUAGUGAUAUUCCGACCCCCGACAUUACCUCGAGCAGCGGCGACGGCGCCUCCAAUCCUUCUUCUUCUUCAUCCUCUUCCUCUAGACAAAUACCGGUUGGGAAUCAGGGUACGCAAGGACCUCACAAACCUUCCCGCGGCGUCAACUUUUCCAUGGGUCCCUUUGAGCAGCCGGUUGAGGAUGCGCGGGAGAUGCGAAUGGACGAUAGGCUGCGCAUGAAGUUUCCCGGUUUUCAAGGAGACUUUUUCGACCCCGACGAAAUCGAGUAUUUUUUGCGGCAGAAAGGCGUUUAUAUUCCCCCAGCUUCCGAUUUUGUUACCGUCGAAAUCGAUCCGAACGAUUUCACACUCGAAUCUGUCCUGGCGGCGGCAACGGAGAUGAUCAUGGACCCGAUCUACGGCGAUAUGACCUUUCCGGAUGUCGACCUCGGCGCAAACACCAACACCCGAGCCCCUCCCACUACGUCGAUGUUUGACUCUUCCCCCAACCCGACAACGACCACAGCCGCUAGUAGCGUUUCUCUGUCGCACCUGAUCGAUCCUCUACUUACGAACCAAUUUUCCGAACCUGCGAACAACUCACCCGAGGUGCCCCGGCCAACCUUUGGGGAUAUCAAUUUUGGCGAUAUCCCGCUCACUGAUCCGUUCGUUGCGAGUGGGACCGGGCAGGCGACAAAGCAAAAGCUGUCGCUCAACAUCGACAAGCUUGUUACUGAACUUGUCUUCCGCUCGGUGUGCCUCGGGCGUAGCCCGGGUGUUCGGCCAAAGGAUGUGGUUAAGGCGUUUUGGAAAGCUGCUACGCUGCUUGAGUGA